GCAAGUUUACGUGAAGUUAAAGUUACCGCAGAAGAACCAACACCUCACGCUCUUGAUCACUUUCUUCCAAAGACGAAGCAAUGCAACACCGGUUUGCUUAACAGCUCUAUCCUCCUUCGAUUCUUUCACAACUUGUUUCUACCAAAAAAAUACUUUCAUGUUUUCGAUUCUCUUGUUAAUUUAUUAAUUAUAUAAACUAAUAUUGUUUUGUAACCUAAAUCACAGGUCUAAGAUGAACAAGAGGCCACGUUCUUACGAUGCCAAUGACGAAGCCAAUCCACGACGAAGCCCUCCGAAUACUCAGUUUCGAAGCACGAUUAAUAGCACUGCUGCAGCAGCGAAUGCUCUGAACGCAACACUAACAGUAUAUAAAGAGCAGCUCAUCUCGAAUUUGAAGCAGAAUAUCGACAAACCGCCACCGAUCGGAUUGACACUACAAGAGUCUACAAUCAAAUCAAUAGAGGAUACCGUGAAUGCUAGUUAUGAAAGAAAAAGGAUCAGUGCACCUUUAAUACCUAAUGAUUUACGGGCUGAUAUUUUUCCUGCUACUGGUCUUAGGAUUGGAGAAUAUAAGUUUUUGGCUACACAUAAAGGUACUUUGAUGGUUGGAUUUUACUAUGCUACAAAAAGACUUGCCUGGGAGAUAUUUGAUAUACAAGGUGGGAUUAAGUACAAGAUUGAAGUACCAUGGCAGAACAUUUUGGCCAUGCGAGCCAUUAUAGAAGAAAAUAAGCAUGGAAUUCUUCAAAUUAAGCUGGCUAAGGCACCCACAUUCUUUCGCCACAUUGAUCCACCAAAUCCACGAAGUCAUCCUAAAUGGGAGCCAUCAAAUGACUUCACGGGAGGUCAUGCUUUGAAACACCAGGUACAUUCCCUUGGUUUUCCUCCAGGAGAUCUUGACAAAUACUAUCGGAAACUGAUACAACAUGAUAAUCGGUUAUUACAGUUGAGCCAAGUAUCAUUUUCGAAAUAAAGUCCUUGUAACAUAAACACUGCAUCGAUGUUUUGAAAUCAUGUAGCUACUGAAGAACUACCAUCGAUUUAGACUAGGGUUGAUAGUUUCUUUUAAUUAGGAUUUUAUUUUGUAAAUAGUAUCUUUUAUUUUAAAUAAAGAUGAUAAAAAUAAACCAAAGGAAGAG